AUGGAUGACAUAGAAGACAUUCCCUUAUCUCCUCCUCCUUUUGAAUAUGAACCUACUUCUUCAAUUGAAAUCAUUUCUGAAACAGAAACAGAUAGCUUGCCUACCAAAAGUUCUAUGGAAGAAAUCCCAGUAUUUAACGUUCCUGAAAUGAAGAAAGAAGAAAACAAACCGGAAAAAGCAAUACCGACUCAACCAGAAGAUUUAGUCGCUUCAACGCCUAGAAAUUCCAAGAUUAUUACUCCCAAGGUUAUAAAUUCUUCUGAGAUUAUUGAAAUCCCUUCCCCUGUUAGCGAUAAAUUGGAAAUAUCCCACUUCACCAGAAAAUAA